AUGCAGGCCAGACGCAACCGAGAUUUGCAAGACCAGACAGCAGAUGCUAAUGUUUUCCGUGUGGGGCUAGAAAGCAAAGGCAAAGGGGACGUUAGCGAGAAAGAGUCGUCGAGCGACUUUCUUGCAACUUUUCUUACUGAAAUUGGGAAGGCCAAGCUGCUGACAAGGGAAGAAGAGAUUGAAUUGUCCAGGAGAGUCAAGAAGUCUGUGGAGCUCCAAAAUCUACGAGCCAGGGUGUCUGAGGAGCUUGGUCGUGAGGCCACCCAUUCCGAGUGGGCGAAGGCACAAGGCUGCUCGGUAUACUCACUGAGGAGGAAGCUGAGAGAGGGGGAGCUGGCUAGGCAUAAGCUGCUUGCGACUAACUUGCGUCUGGUAGUCUCUGUGGCGAAGAAGUACCUAAGAUGUGGGGUUGAGCUCUCCGAUCUGGUCGCGGCUGGAACAAUGGGCCUAUCCAAAGGUGUGGAGAAGUUCGACCCGAACAGAGGCUACAAGCUCUCCACUUACGUUCACUGGUGGAUCCGACAGGCGGUAACACGGGCUGUUGCCGACCACUCCCGCACGAUCAGACUGCCUGUCCAUGUGCACGAGACCCUCGGAAGAUUGAGGAGGGCGAAGGCACAGCUUGCGAGCGAAGGGGAACUAGCCAACGUCAAGUUUAUUGCAGAUCCAGAUGCGGAAACUCGCCCCUGGAAAGAGCUGGAAGCGGAUUUCUUGCAGGCCAAUGUGAAGAAUGUGCUGCUUGAUCAGCUUGAUCCUCGAGAACGGGACAUAAUUCGCCUAAGAUUUGGAUUUGGGAGGACUGAUGGAAGGACAAUGACUCUUGAUGUGAUCAGCCAGCGAUAUGGAGUCUCUAGAGAAAGGAUCAGACAGCUUGAAACAGUGGCUGUGCGCAAGCUGAAGCUUCUCAGCCAGGGCAAAGAGCUGCACAGCUGUGCCCUGCUGCUCAGAGAGCUGGUGGAGAUGUGCUAUGCAAAUCAUCCGCAGCUCCCUGGUCCGCGCUCAUUACGCCCCUCUCUUCGCAUUCUGUUUCGCUCUCCAUCCACUUCACUCCCGGUUUCACCGUUCCUUACCAUCCCCCCUUCUCCCCCCUCACCUUCCCCCCUCAUACCCCCUCCCGCUGUCCGCCCAUCAGUCGACGCGCGGAGAGGAGGUUCCGCGACGCUGUUCCUUCCGCUGAGCGGCUUCCGCGUGCUGGCGGACGCCGUCGGCUACGAUUACCCGCACUUCAACCGCAUCCUUAAAUACCAUCUUAUACCCGACGCGCGCUACACUUUAGCGGAUCUGAAGGCGCUGCGGGAAGACAGUCUACUGCCGACCGCCGAGGGCAGCAAGUUGAAGGUGUUUUCGAGCCGCGGCUCGAAGAUCGUGUGGCUGCAGGGGCGCUCUAUCAUCCCUGCGGCUGUGACUAUACCGAACCUGUUUGUGGGGGAGCGCAUCAUUGUGCACGGGCUUAGCCAAAGACUCAUUCCGCCCUCGUUUUAG